CGCUGAUACCAGCUGACACUAGUUCGUAUAUGUAGUUGCAAGAAUGUGGUGUAAUCGAGAACGUUUGGCUGUUUUCUUUAUUAGUUUAUGCUUAGUAAUAACAAAAUGCAUUGCUGAAGAUAUAUUAGGAUGUGGUGGUUUUGUAAAGAGUCAUGCGGAUAUUGAUUUUUCGAGAGUUCACAUAAAAUUAUUUACUAAGGCUGGCAGCUUGAAGGAUCAAACGGAGUGUGCUCCAAACAAUGGAUAUUACUUUCUACCCCUUUACGAUAAGGGAGAAUACAUAUUAAAGAUCGAUCCUCCUAGAGGUUGGAGCUUUGAGCCCACUGAGGUCUUUCUGAACGUAGAUGGUUCUACCGAUGUAUGUAGUCAAGGAAAAGAUAUUAAUUUCACAUUUAAAGGUUUCGGCAUCACAGGAAGGGUAACCAGCAGUGGUACAGAUUCUGGUCCGAAAGGAGUCACCAUAUCUUUAUACACAGAGAGUAACAAGUCCACUCCAGUUGAAGUCACCACCACUGCACAAGGUGGUACUUUUUACUUUACUCCAAUUCAGCCAGGAAAAUAUAUACUAGUAGCUUCUCAUCCAAUAUGGGUAAUCGAGAAAUCUACAGUACAAGUAACGGUACAAGAAGGAAAUACUGAACUCUCUGAUAAUAGUUUGGUCGUAUCUGGUUAUGAUGUUAGUGGUCGUGUCAGUAGUGAAGAUGAACCAAUGAGUAGAGUUUCAUUUAUUUUAUUCGGGACCGGCAAGGCGAGAAAUUGCGCAACCACUCCGAUAAAGGGUUUUGAGUCAAAGAGGCCACUUUGCCACGUUACUUCAGAUAAGAAUGGUAGAUUUACAUUCCCUUCGUUAUCACCUGGUGAUUACAAACUUGUACCUCACUAUGCUGGAGCACAAACGAAAUUCGAUGUUCUGCCAACGGAGUUGUCAUUCAAAGUUAGCCACGACAGCCUUAUUCUUUCUCAAGAUUUUAAAGUUACCGGCUUCACGGUCAGUGGCAUUGUCCUCACAGCACCACAAGGUAAUCCUUUGGCAGGAGCAAAGAUCUUCGUGUCAGGGCGCGAAGUGGCUAUCACAGAUAAAGGUGGACGGUAUAUUGUGGAUAACAUGAAGGCUGGGCAGUAUUCUUUAAAAGCGGAAGCUGCUGAUGUACAAUUCGAAGAAAAGGUAGUCAAAAUUUCACCAAACUCACCGGAAUUUCCAACACUGUCACCUUCUUCGUACAAGGUUUGCGGUAGAGUAACACUCUCAGCAAAAGGAACAUUGCACCAUCGUAAAGUUGCUAUACAUAAAGUAGGUUCUACUUUCUAUGAGGAAAUAGACACUGACCCUAAGACUGGAGAAUUCUGUUUGUACCUGAUACCAGGAAAAUAUCAACUUAGUGUAAUAGUUACUACCGAAGAAAAAUCCAAAGGAUUACAAUUCUUUCCAUUGCAACAAACAAUCGACGUCACAUCCAGUCCGAUUGGUAGCAUUAAUUUCUUGCAAUUGAAAGCUACUCUAAAGGGUACGGUUCAAUGUCUGAAGGACUCUGACUGCAGUCAAGUUUCUGUUACCUUAAAAGUUCUUGAUGGCAUUACUAUAAAAACGAUACAGGCGAAAGUAAUUUUUCGAUACACAGAUGGGGAGUACGAAUUCUCAAACAUUCUCCCAGGAUAUUAUGAAGUCCUAAUAGACACUGAUAUGUUCUGUUGGGAAAAUCCGAGUCACAGAGUAUCCGUCACGUCAGAACGGGCGGAAGUACCACCAUUUAAACAAAGCGGAUAUUCGGUUACCUUUAUCUCGUCCCACGAUACGGUUCUUGAAUAUUCCGAACCAAACGAAACCGUUAGAAUUCACCUGACUCUUCCUAAGGGAAGUACACGACACUGUGUCUCGAAUCCUGGGGAAUAUAAGUACAUCCCUAAGAGCUGUCAUGUUUACGCCAGAACCUCUUACAAUUGGAACACCAGCAAUCUGUCUCCAGUUAUUUUAUCAUCCACGGAACAUAGUCAUAAAGGCAGUAUCAUUAGUGCUGCCCUUGUGGAAGGUGUUAAAGUAAAGAUUGAAAGUGUCGGAGAACCCAUAAUACUUGGUCCAUUGAAGGGAGAAAAGAAAGGAGAUGUGUACAAAUAUGAAUUUGAAUUCAAUGCAAACACCGAUAACGAAUAUACCAUUACUCCACUUUCGGAUAUACUAUUGUUCAGUCCACUAUCAUUGAAAGUGGUCGGUGUUAAUGACUGCCACGAUGACAUAGCAACAUUCACUGGGGAUUUAGGAAAAAUUGUAAAAGGUAGUAUUUCACCUCCUUUGGAAGGAGUUACCGUUAAGAUAUUUGGAAAGGAUAAGGAUGCCCCUGUACAGACUUUGGUUACACAGAAGGACGGUCUCUACAGAGUAGGUCCUCUCGAUGGAAAAGUGGAAUACAGCGUCACAGCUGAGAAGGAAGGUUUUGUAAUUACUGGACCAGAUGCCAAAGGAAUUUUCUCAGCUCAUAAACUCGCUGAAAUAAUAGUCGAGGUUUCUGACCAGGCCGACAACGCACCACUCCAAGGCGUCCUUCUAUCACUUUCCGGUGGUCAAAGUUACCGAAAGAAUAGCGUGACCGGAGAAGAUGGUCAAAUGACCUUUAAUUCUUUAUCACCCGGAGAGUAUUAUCUCCGGCCAAUGAUGAAGGAGUAUCGUUUCGACCCACCCUCAAAAAUGAUCAACGUAGCUGAAGGAGCGACAGUCCGAGUAAAACUAUCAGGCAACCGAGUCGCAUUCAGUGCUUACGGAUCAGUAACAUCCUUAAACGGCGAACCUGAGCCAGGUCUUCUGGUAGAAGCGCAAGGACAAGGGGAAUGUUCAUCCCUCCAGGAAGAAGCCACAACAGAGGAGAAUGGAAACUUUCGUAUCAGGGGUCUUCAGCCGUCGUGCUUCUAUGCCAUUCGUCUGGAACCAAGCGCAGAAGCCAAUUCGCAUAUUCAACGUGCAGCACCCAGCUCCAUUGCUGUUCAAGUCACUGAAGAUUUGCAUGGACUUCGUCUAAUAGCUUUUCAUCCAAUAUCUCGUACAGAUGUUUCAGUUCACGUAGUUUCAGCUCAGCCUGAACACUAUCGUACAUUGAAGGUCAAACUGUGUAGAGAAGAUAUGCCAGACUCACCAAUUCACAUAUCAAAACUCGACAGUCAGCACAAUGCCAAGAUUGGUACCAGCUAUAAUUCUGGUUUCCUCAUUCAUUUCCCACCUCUACAAGCCGACGGUAAAAAGUAUUUUGUACAGUUGGAAUCAUCCCUGUCACAAACCUUACACAAGUACAAAACCAUUCCCGUAUACUUUGAAGCGAAUUCGUCGUUUAAGCAUGUGAAAUUAACAUUCAGUGCCGAAAGGAAGGUCGACCAGGGUGAUAUGAAUCAGACCUCUAUCGUUGCUUUGCCCUUGAUAAUGCUCGUAGCCUUAACAUUUUUGAAUCGAGAAAAAUUAAUGACUUGGCUAAAUACUGUGGUUGAAAGAUGGUCCAAGCCGGUACCUAUUUCUAGGGCUCCGGUACCAGCCAUUCCAAUUGAUCCUCGUGCUGACGAUAUUAUCGUUGAACAGAUUAUGAACAUUAAUAAGAGAAAGACUAAGCCGCGUAAGACAUAAACAAUUGUUUAUUUUUAAUUUAUUUAUGUACUCAUUUUAAUUCCUUUGGAAUCUAUUGUUUUUUUCUCUCUUGGAGAAAUUACAUUUACUGUGUAUAUACAGAUAGAGGUAUAAUCUUCGUGAAAAAUAUCAAUGGUGUUUUUCUGAAUAUAGAAAAACUGUCAAGGAACAUUGUCAGUGCGAACGUGAGAUGUAAAUGAAAUAUUACUGCAAUAUUAUGACUAAGAGCAAUGUAUGUGUCUGAUCGUAGACAAGAACACAAAAUAAUAAUGAAAUUGAAAUGUUUAUUGAAUUCUUUAAA